GCAGUUGCUAUUUGGUCGCCGCCAAGUAUUAUGGUAGUUGACAAAAUUACAUUUAAGAUGUUCAGAUACUCCAUUUGCAUUAUUCUGAUUCUGAUCGACAAGUCGACAGCAGGAGUGAUUUCUCUAGAUGGCGUAAAUAAGCACCAGGAACAUUAUGAGCUAAAGAACCACCUCCCGGAGCAUCACGAAAUGGCAACUUCAUACAUGAAUUUCCACGGCCCGGUGGAAGGACCCGAGCACGAAAUUAAAGUGCCUUACAUUGAGACGCAUCAUCAUGAACAUCAUGAACACGAGCAUUACCAUGAGCCUGAGAUCAAAUACGUGCAUGACUAUGUGGCGCAUCCUAAGUAUGAGUACUCGUACGGCGUUGAAGAUCAUCAUACUGGCGACUUUCACAGUCAGAAAGAGACGCGCGAUGGUAGUAGCGUGACGGGCGAGUACAGCAUAGCGGAGCCAGGCGGCCGAUUACGAAUCGUUAGCUACCGAGCUGACAAGGAUGGCUUUCAUGCGGAGGUUCACACCAGCGGCAAGAACGAUCACUCCAGCUACUACCAAAAGCCCCAGCUGCCCGUCCAUGUGUCCCAUCACGAGGCCCAGGCGACGACGAUUCAAGGACAUUACCCCCAUGACUUGUCAGGACACUAUCAGCAUCAAUUCCUUCAAGAGUAUCCGGGCUGGUACCAUGCUCACGGAGCCGGUGGAUACUAAGGUCCAGACGUAACAGGUGACUCGGACGAUGGAUAAAACAGUAAGCCUGUGUAUGGGCAGAUUGGCUUGAUCGUUUCAAGUGGACUGCACUACCGUUUGGUUGGGGAUACAAAACGAGGUCAACUCAUUGUUGAUGAUACGAUGUGGUUAGGAUUGAUACCUAUACCAAUAUGUACCUCCGUCGAGCCAAAGUUAUCUUCCUCGAGAUGAAUGAGCAAUUUAUUUUGUUCACGAGACUGUGUUUGCACAUGCAUUGUAAAUACUUAUGGAUAGUUUUUAUAAAAUAAAAAAUACAAUUUUACGUAAA